AAUUGAGAAAAAUGGCUGCGAUAGGAAUGUGUGAAACUCCCGGCUGUAAAUCUAUCGCACAAUUACAAUGUCCAACUUGUGUAAAACUCGGCAUACAGGGUUCUUUUUUUUGCAACCAAGACUGUUUCAAGAAAUCGUGGAAAACUCACAAAAUUAUCCAUUCGUUGGCGAAGAGUGAAAAUACCGAUGGCUCCAACGGGGAGUAUAACCCCUGGCCAUCGUAUAAUUUUACGGGGAAGUUGAGACCUUUUCCGCCUGGACCUAAACGAACUGUUCCACGGCAUAUCGGUCGCCCGGAUUAUGCCGACCAUCCAACCGGUUUCCCGGCAUCAGAGAAUGCAGCUAAAGGCUCCGGACAGAUCAAAGUCCUCGAUGAUGAAGAAAUAGAAGGUAUGCGUGUCGCUUGCCGCCUUGGUCGCGAAGUUUUGGACGAAGCAGCCAAAGUUUGUGAUGUAGGAGUGACAACUGAUGAAAUUGACCGAGUUGUCCAUGAAGCGUGCAUUGACCGUGAAUGUUACCCGAGCCCUUUGAAUUACAACAACUUCCCAAAUAGUUGUUGUACUUCUGUGAACGAAGUUAUAUGUCAUGGUAUUCCAGAUACACGUCCAUUACAGGAUGGUGAUAUUUGUAAUGUCGAUGUGACUGUUUAUCAUCGUGGCUUCCAUGGUGACCUCAAUGAAACAUUCUUUGUAGGAAAUAUUGCAGAAAACACACGUAAACUUGUACAAGUCACUUACGAGUGUUUAUCAAAAGCCAUAGCAAUUGUCAAACCGGGUGAGAAAUACAGAGAAGUAGGAAAUAUAAUACAAAAGCAUGCUCAAGCUAAUGGAUUCAGUGUGGUGCGAUCCUAUUGUGGUCAUGGUAUACACAGAUUGUUUCAUACAGCACCAAAUGUGCCGCAUUAUGCAAAGAACAAGGCUGUGGGUGUGAUGAAGCCGGGGCACUGCUUCACCAUCGAGCCCAUGAUCAAUGAGGGAGGAUGGCGGGACGACCAGUGGCCCGACCACUGGACCGCCGUCACUAGCGACGGCUCACGCUCCGCACAGUUUGAACAAACGUUACUGGUGACGGAGACCGGCUGCGACAUACUGACGAAGCGCGCGACCGGCCGGCCCUGGUUCAUGGACCAGUUGGAGAAGUUCGACAAAUUCAACGCCGCCAUCUAGUGGACCACCGGCGAUGUCACAUUACCUGUACCGUGGAAUGGCCACUUAACAUUUAAUAUUGGAGUGAAUGAUUUUACCCGAUUCCGCAAACCUCAUUAUAACAGGUAAAAUAUAUUGCGUUAUAUGAUAUUUAAAAGUCAUUCAAAGACCGACAUUUUCGAGUUUGGUAGUUUUAAAUAUACAUAAAUCGGCUGGGAGUCGAUAUCUAAAAUUGGUACAGUGUUAUGUUUCAUAUGAGUUUGAGUACAAUGAUUGUAUGGCAAUAUUUAAAAGGCAAUGAAAUUAAAAUUUAAUUGUAUAAUUUAUUAACUUAACAAAACUUACUGAAUAAAAAGUUUCAUAACUUGGUAUCGAGAUGGAAUUAGAUGGUUACAAUCAAAUCUGACUAAACAGUGACAUGUUCAGUAAUAUUACUAAUUGUCAUUCAGAUGUUACUUAAAAUACUAUUUAAGGUGCAAUUUCAUAUUAUUUUUAGCUCUGCCUGUUUACCCUAGCAAUUCCUGGUCUGGGUCCCGAUUUAUUCAAGUUUUAAACGUUCACAAAAUUCAGUAGCUGAUUGCUAUUUAUUAGAUAGCGCUGAAAAUGGCGAACUAAAGUAAUUUUAGAAUUCUUUGUAUAAAAACAUCAACCGUCUCACACUGAAUUAUCAAAAUUCUAAUGUCACCUGUACUUCGUUUGCAAGAUGUUAAAAAAAAAAAUGAUUUCGUCAUCUCCUUGGGAUAUGCGAUCUCCAUAAACGGUAAAUG